AUGGCGUUGAAUAUUAGCCGGCGGUUCGUGGAGACUCGGACGGGAAAGCAUAAGCGACGAAACACAGGCAGUGCCACCGGCGAGAAGACGCCACGACGAAAGGUGUUAAAAGAAGACUAUAUAAAUCCAGUGGAGCAGCAAGGUGGCGCAACGCUGCUGGACUUGGGGCCCUCUCCGCAAGGCAUUGGAGGCGGUUUAGCCCUUGGAGGAGCCCCACAGGGGCUGGGACCGGGCCCGAUGCUCGCGCCCGGCUUAAUGGGCGGCAGUGGCCUGCCUGGAGGAGGCUGUCUGGCUGGAAGUCCCAUGGCUGGAAGCCCCAUGGCCGGAAACUCCCUUGGGGGAGCAACUAUAAACGCAGGAGGACCCACUGUACACGCAGGAGUCGGACUCACAGGAGGACCUUCUGCCCUGGCCGGAUCAGCAGCGCCGUCCGCCGGCCUCGUGUAUGACAGCUCACCGAGUACUGCAACGCCUGCGAGUUCGCCGCAAGAGCUAGAUCCCCACGGAUGGGGUAACGGAGGCCUUUUUGAGUGGGACGGCGCUGCCCUCGCAGGGAGCGACCUCGAAGGAGCCGGAACUGGCGCUUCAUUGUCCAACUUUCUGUAUUUCUAG